AUGGAAUCCGACUGGAAAGCCGCUUUGAGCAUCCCGAAAAAAGACACGCGGCCGCAAACAGAUGAUGUGCUUGGAACCAAGGGCAACACGUUUGAAGACUUUUUCCUGAAGCGUGAGCUGUUGAUGGGCAUCUUUGAGGCCGGAUUUGAGAAACCUUCGCCCAUUCAGGAAGAAGCCAUUCCAAUUGCCGUAGCCGGAAGAGAUGUUUUGGCCCGUGCCAAAAAUGGGACCGGAAAAACCGCAGCGUUUGUGAUCCCAACGCUGGAACGCGUCAAGCCCAAACUUAACAAGAUCCAGGCGCUAAUCAUGGUCCCCACGCGUGAAUUGGCCUUGCAGACCUCCCAAGUGGUAAGAACAUUGGGUAAACAUUGCGGGAUCUCGUGCAUGGUGACCACCGGCGGGACAAAUUUGCGCGAUGAUAUCAUGCGUCUCAAUGACAACGUUCAUAUACUCGUUGGUACACCAGGCCGUGUGCUUGAUUUGGCAUCGCGUAAAGUAGCGGAUCUCAGCGAAUGCCCUCUAUUUGUCAUGGACGAGGCCGACAAGAUGUUGUCGCGGGAUUUUAAAACCAUCAUAGAGCAGAUUCUUACUUUUCUUCCUUCGCAGCAUCAAUCUCUUCUAUUCAGUGCAACCUUUCCGCUCACAGUGAAAGAGUUUAUGGUGAAGCACCUUCAUAAACCAUACGAGAUCAAUCUCAUGGACGAAUUGACAUUGAAAGGUAUUACUCAAUACUACGCGUUUGUGGAAGAAAAACAAAAGCUGCACUGCCUCAACACUUUGUUUUCCAAAUUACAAAUCAAUCAGGCUAUCAUCUUUUGUAACUCUACCAACCGUGUUGAACUGCUUGCCAAAAAGAUUACAGAUCUUGGAUUCUCAUGCUAUUAUUCGCACGCGCGGAUGAAGCAGCAAGAGAGAAACAAGGUUUUCCACGAAUUUCGCCAGGGAAAAGUGCGCACUUUGGUGUGCUCAGAUUUACUCACCCGUGGUAUCGACAUUCAAGCUGUGAAUGUUGUCAUCAACUUUGAUUUCCCCAAGACCGCAGAGACAUAUCUACAUCGUAUCGGUAGAUCUGGAAGAUUUGGGCAUUUGGGUCUUGCCAUCAACCUCAUCAACUGGAACGAUCGUUUCAACCUUUACAAGAUCGAGCAAGAAUUGGGCACUGAAAUCGCUGCUAUUCCUGCUCAGAUUGAUAAGUCGCUAUACGUCGCGGAGGACAACUCUGCGGUUCCAGUGCCAUUCCCAUUGUCGUCUCUACCCAAUACGAUGGCUAAUGUUGCGGGUCAACAAUUGCCUCCUCAACAGACUCAACCGCAAUUUCAUGCAGUACCAUCGGCACAGUACGCCGUUCCACAGCAACAAAAUCAGUUGCCUCAAGGAUCUCCCCAGCAGUUCCAACAACACCAGCACUUACAGCAACAACAACAACAACACUUGCAACAACAACAACAGCCGCACCAACCACAGGCAUAUAACCCUCAGCAAUAUGCUCCUCAACAAUACCCUCCUCAACAAUAUGCUGCCCAGCAGUACAUGCAAGGCAUAUCUCCAAUGAACGCUACGGCAUCUUUGCAGGGUCAAGCAUCUCCUCACGGCUACUGA